AGUAAGCGCGCAUGUAUGAGGACGUAUAAAUGCUCAUGUUUGAUUAUGAGUGAAAACCAUGUUGCUUAAGUACACUAGCUCGGUGCAAGCAGUCCAUUCUAAUUCCCUGUUACAUUUCUUUUAUGCUGUACCAAAUGCCUGCUAUCAUUUAGUGGUAACAGACACUGAAGAUCCUUACAAAAUGCUCAAUGGAAAUAAAUUGCACCAUCAGAAUUCAUUUGUACAUUUUUCGUAAAAAUAACAAUUAUUUACAUCCUUCGUGUUUCUUUACAACAAAAAUCAUUUUUAGUAGGUUCUAGCUCAUGUACCAUAAUGACGUUGCUGUACGAUAAGAAAAGGGGUUUAAGUUGAAACAAGCUGCGUUUCUUUACUAUUUUUCUUUUCUAUGAGUACGUCUCACCCUGUCAGCUGUUUGUACUUUGAGCAGACUCGUUGUUGAUGAGGUAAAGGAAUUAUCAAGAAAAUCUGGUUAAAUAGGUUGAAGCAGUAAACUGGAAAAUGUCGUUUGCUGAAAAGGUAGCUGGAAUAAUGCAUAGACCCGGCGAAGAUGCUGUUCAUAAAGACGAUGUGCCAUGGUGGUUGAAGUAUGCUGGCCGAGGACUAGGAACUGUUGGUGGGAUACUUGCCAUUGGCCUGGGGGUGUGGAACUGUGUGAGCCUCAUUUGGGGUGACGUGGGUUGUUUAAUCAGCGGAAUGUGGCAGAUGGUGGCUGGAUUUCUUGUCAUAAUUAUUGAAGCACCAUGUUGCUGCUUGUUCAUAGACUUUGUUCAGAAUUUAAGUGACUGGGUUGAAAGACGUCCAUACUGGAACAGAGCAGCAUUUUAUGUCAUAAUUGCUCUACCAGCCGUAAUUCUGUGUCCUGGCCUUGGCAGUUUGUUUGGAAGCGGUUUAAUUUUCGCCACUGGAGUUAUUUAUGGAAUGAUGUCUCUCGGGAAGAAGGCCACAGCCGAAGAGAUGAGGUCCAACGCAGUUGCCGUGACGCUGCCUCGGUCGUCCACUUCACAGAUGCAGUCUACACUCGUCGACAACGCUCAGCCUGUCAGCUUCACAGGAGCACCUGGAUUCGACAGCGGAGUAUGAUGGCGUUGAUUCGCGAGACAGUGUGUAUUUAUUGUUGUUCGUUGUUGACUGCUGUUGUGGAACUGCGGGCAAGAACUGUUGUGUACCCUUCGUUAAAUACCAAGUGUAUCAUACCAUCAUCGUGUAUCGUAUGUUUAACGUGAGUACGUAAAUUGGAAAAGCAGGCUUCCCUUGAUUUUGUUCUGAAGAAAUAUGAUUUAUGUAUAAUUAUUGUAUAAAAAGCAACGUUCAAGAACCUUUAUAAAUCUUCCGCUGUCCUGCCAGGUAAUAUUUAGAAAUUAAUAGAUAGAGUAAACAUUCAGUGUUGGAGAAAAGUAACAUGUUAGCACGACCUAAAGUAAUUGUACACAGUAACAUUUAAGUGAAUCAUCUUUCAUGAGCUCCAGAACAUAGUUUUAUUCACUGAUAUGUCAUACUCAUAGAUUGUGUUGAAACAUUUGUAUAUGUAGUUUUAGAACAUUUAUUUUUGAUAUAUGUGGGAAAUUUGGAAAACAAUUGUAUUUGUAGAAAAUAUCACCAUAAAACAAGUAAGAAAGAAGUCAAAAGUUCAGAACAAAACUGUUUUUUUUGUUAUGAUAUCUGUUUAAUUAUUUUUCUGCUUGCUACUGGUGCAUGCGCAUGGACAGUGUUACACAAAUACAUACAAAAUGUUAUAGCGUUUAAAUGUUUAAAUGAAUUGUGUGUGUAUGUAAAAUUGAAUACAAAAGUUGUGUUGGCCUUUGUUACACUAAUAAUCGUUGAACUUGAAUGUUGUUAGUAGUGAUGGGUCAGUCCCGGUUCUCGGUUCUGCCAGUUCUCAGCAAAUUAACCAGCAUCGAAAACCGUAAAUAUAAUGAUGGUACCAAGAUCAUGAAAAGCAUAACAGCUAAACCUUUCCCAGUAAGAAAACAAUAAACUUCCUGUAAAACGCCGCAGAAUAUCGCCGGUGACCAACACGCACGUCAUUUUUACUUCACUUUAAACCCUGUGUGACAAGAGAAUGGUUGGUAAAUUUUUGAAAAUUACGGGCAUCACAGACAAAGGGCAGUCACUCUAGCAGCUAGUCCGCCCAGAUGGGAAGAUAACACAUAAGUGUCGGAACAUAAACAAAUUUUUUUUGCCAAGAUUCCAAACCUUUUUGGUCCUUUUUUUCACUGGCAGAUAAGGAUGAUCAUUUAAACUAAAAGUAGACCUAAAGAAAAAUAACAAGACUCAAUAUACUUUUUGAAAAUUAUCAAAAAAAUAGACAUCCAUGAUUUAAAGUUGUAAAAUACUAAUUAACUGUAGGUAUUACCUACGACGUUUGAAGCUUUACAUCACUUAAAGAGCCGGAAAUAUUGCGGCACAUGAAUUCGGGAAAAUCACCAAACACUAUUAUUAAACAGUAGAAAAUUUUUUUUAACAAAAGUUAGAUAUAUUUUAAAAGGUAUUUUUUUUUUUUUAGAUUCACUUGUUUACUUAUUUGUAAAUGGUUUCAAUCCAAAAUUUGUGUAUCUAUUUAUGAAUAUCCACAUAUUAUUUAACUUUUUCUUUAAUCAUUAAACGAAAAGCGCAAACGCACGAGAAUAAUGACAUGCUGAAACAUGUAUAUAGUACAUUGUUGUAGAAAUAUGGAAUACUAAGGAUUCAGUUACAAAUUAUCAUACGCUAUACCCAAAAUUAUGAUAUGUGAUAAUAGAUUAUUACUAUAGCACUGGAGCAGCAGUAGGAUGCAUAGAUGAUAUAUUUAUCUUAGUUUCAGACAACAAGGAUUUGAAAAAUUAUAUAUUUUACUUGGUUUAUUGUUAUUAAACCUGUCAGAUUAUUAACAAUACAUUUUUAAAGUGUAUCAAAAUGAACUCCUGUCACUAGUGUAAGGCAUGAAGAAAAAGAUAACCAAGUAUCUUGGAGGCCCAAUGUUGAUUCAGAAUUGUUCUGUCCACUUGUCCUCCUUCUGAAAGCCUUCAAUGCCACAAGACUGGUACCUCACAUCACGUUCUCUCUCAUUUCGCCAGCACUGUCUGGCAAGAGUUUUUUUUACGUCACUCCCACCCCCUUCUCCAAUAGGAUGAUUUUCUGUACAUUUGCCCAUCUGACAUGCCGGACAGCUUCAGCAUUCCACUCCAGUCAAACAAAUUUAUCCCAGCCAUAGAUUUUCAAGCCAAACAAAACAAUCCAAUGACAAUAAUAAUUCCAAUAAUCUUAAGGUUUUUAUUUUGCAAGACAAGGGAUCCUUUCAUUAUUUCAUGUAUAUAAAUAUCUACUCACUUUUAUUAAAUAUUCAUUAAAUAAGUAUUAAAAUUAUCUUCUCUGAAAAUAUGCCGUAAGAAGGGUAUGAGAGGGAUUAAUUUUUAAAAAUAUAAUUGCAUGUAGUAACACGAGAAACAACUGUGCUACUUGGGGCUAGGUGGCUUGUUUGUGGUCUAAUUAUGGUUAAGUGGGGUGCUGAUGAGUCAUGUUAAACACAGACAAUUUAUUAGGGCAUACUGUAUCUUUGGCGUGUCUUGAAAUUGUGUGGAGGUUAACCUAAAACUGAGAACCGAGAACAGAUAUUUAAGUUUGAACCGAACCGAGAACUGGGAAAAAAGUAGAACCGACACAUCAGUAGUUUUUAGAACCUGCAGCUUGUAACAAAUCAUUUAAACUAUUAAUACUAAUUAAUGCAUGAAAAGUAACAUAGUGUAACGGAAUAAUUUGUAUUUUGCCAUCAUAUAUUUCAAGUUCAGAAAAGUGUUUGUGUUGUGUUGCAAGUAUAUAUUACACUGAAUUUGCUCACGUUGCAUGUUUUUAAAACUUGUUGCUCUUUAUUUGACAUAAAAAUGAUAAAAUGCAUAAUUUUUUUCCCUGAUAGACACAUGGUAAGUAAACACUAGUAGUAUCUGGUUAUGACAUUAGUUCCAUAUUGUGAAGGAAAGGAGAAAAUGUUCAGUGGCAUUGAGACACGAGCUUGCCAUUGUCUGCCCGUGAGAAAUUCUUAUACUCCAGUAGCAGAAUGAAUAUGAAUUCCUUGUAAAAUCAAGAUCUGGGUAAUUGUACUAUUUAACGUUAGUGGGUUAAUGAGGUAGCAUGUUUUUGUCAAAGUUAUCUGAAUAUAUGUAUUAAUUUAAAUAAUAUUUGUGUUUUAAAAAGUUAGUUAAAAUCAAAAUCCUUUAGUUCCAAAAUAGGGUGUCUUAGUGAUAUUGCUGCUGCAUUUUUGGAGGGGUCAAAGGUGAUUAAAUAUGCAUUCCAGGGAUUCUUUGUUUCGUCCUUUUACAAUCAAAAAAACUUUAAUAACAAAAUUAUUUGAAAUGGUUGGUUAUGUAUUGUUGGGUCCUAAAUUUUUAAGUUGAGGGUUAUAUCUCCCAUAUAAUAAGCUAGGAAAAUAAUACAUAAUAUCAAAAAAAUAAUUAUCACAUCUGUAAAUGUCUGGAAAGUUACUGGGAAUGAUUGAAUGUAAGCACUGCCUGGUACACACUAUUAAAGUUUUCAGAAAGCCUAGCUAAAUAGUUAUGUGUUUUUUUAUGAUUAUUAAGAGUAUUAUUUAAUUAGUGGUCAACAUAAAAAGGUUACAGCUUUUUUCAUUGGAUAAUAAUUGCAGUUAGUAUUAGAUACUAUGAUUGUUACAGUUCGAUGUUGAUUGAUACUAUCAGUUGGACCCUUUGUACUUUUGUACAAACUUAAUUGCUAGAGGUGUUUUAAUCUCUUAGUUUGCCAUUGUCAUUUAUGUAUAUGUUCACAAUUAAACUGUGAACAACGCUGAUCUUGACUACAUUGCGUCUUUUUUUUUUGUUUUAAAAUUAUCAGUUUAUUGGACAUACGCAUUACUUAAUCGUAGGUUCACAGUAAGAUAAUUCCAUAGAAUUAUUCCUAAGUUUGUAUAUUUUUAUACAAAAAACCAUUUUAUUAUCAAUACAAAUGUAACUACAUAAGAUACGGAUACACAUAUUUAAUUACAAAUACUGAUGGGUUGGUCUCGGUCCUGCUGGUGCUCAGCAAAUUAACCGCCACCGAGAACUGUAAAUAAAUAUAAUGCCGGUACCGGUACCACAAAAAGCAUAACAGCUAAUCCUGUCCCCGGUGAAAAUACAGUAGGCUCCAGGUUAAAUGCUGCAGUAUGUUGCCGGCGACCAACACGCACGCCUCAUUUUUAAUUAACUUUAAGCCCUUUGUGACAAGUGAAUGGUUGGUAAGUAUUAUAAAAAUGCUGGCAACACAGACAAAGAGAAAUCUUUCCUUCCCUCACCGCUAGCCCAGCCAGAUAGAAAGAUAACACCAUUUACCCCUGAACUCAGCGUUGUUCAAAGUUUUAUUUGCCUGUUUAAUAAAUGUUUGGGAAAUGAGUAUUUUACUGAGACUGUUUAAAUGUAUAUUUUGAUUUUAAGGGAAUGUCAAGUAUGAGCAGUUGUUUUUUGCUCUUACAUAUUGUGAUUUAUUUAUUAAGUGGUUUAUGGGUAUCUAGUCCUGAUUUUGAUAAGUUAUACUUGAUAACAUUGAAUUUUUUUUUCCAAUGCCAUUUGUUGUGAGAAAGAUAACAUUCACAAUAAAUGUGUUAACAGAUUUUGUGUUUAUAUGUGUUUUGUGAUUACAGAAUUUUGCAGGCUUUUGCAGCCACUGAAACUGGUGUGUCGACGUUAAGCUGUCUCCUUGCGGUAGAUUGUACUGAAGUUUCGCUCUUCAUUGUAGCAGGCAUCUUCAGGGUUAAGCAAUCAAAAUGCCUGCUGCAGUGCAGGGCUAAACAUCAGUACAAUGUACCACAGUAACGUGGCUCAACUUUGAAAGCCAAGAUAUUACAUUAAUUAAGUAUUCAUUUACUCACUUGAUAGCUUAAGAUUUAAUGUAUUUAGUUAGUGUUGAAUUUUGCUCAUUAACAAAUUUGGGGGUAAAAAUAUUGACUGUAAUAUGUAUUAUAAUUUUGAAAGAUAACUUUUUUCCUUACUAGCAUAUAGGAGCAGUAGAUAAAUAGUUUGUAUCCUGUAUCCAAGUUUAUCCCUUGAUCCUGUGGUAUUUGAUGCUUGUUGUUUCAAUACGUCAAAAAAUCCUGGACAUAACAAAAACAGGAAUAUCACAACACAAACAAUUUAAACGGGAAUAUCACAACACAAUUUAUGUAAUAUCUUGUGGAAAUUUUUUCUUUCAUAUAUAUUUUACAAUCAUAGUUAUUGUUAUAACACAAAAUUUCAUUAUGUCCAGGAUCUUUCAACACACUAAAUAAAAAAACAGCAAGCAUCCUGUACAUCAUGUAAUACACUAUCAGUGUACUAUAUAGGAUCAUGCCAUCAGGAUCAAGGGAUAAUCUUGGAUACGUGAUAUGGAACUUUUACUGAGUAAUAUGUUUUGUUUUAUUACUUGCUUAACUUUUUGCGAAAUUGUACUAUCUAUCAUUGUUUCUAUUUACCUAUUCCAAAGUUCCACAAUGUUGAUUCAAUAGACGAGGAAAAAAUCCUAAAAUGAUAACCAUCCUUGUUAUUGUGUUCAUUUAGAUCACUACAAAGUAGGAAGUGGUACUUCUAAUUCAGAAUGUGUAAUCUAAAGCUUAGUUCGUAAUAAAAACAAUGUUGAUUGUUCCCAAAACAUGAAAAAUGUCAAUUUGCCUCAUAUCAAAUGUACAAAGAAAACAUAAAAUAAAUAAAAACGUGCAUGACACACACCACUAUGUUAGAAAAA